AUGGCAGAAGAAAAAACACCACCACCGGCGUCGCCCCCGUCGGCUGCAGAUGCGCAGCUUUUUGGGCUCCUCUCCAAUCUUCUCCAGCAGGUGGAAUCAUUAACAAAUCAAGAAGAAGUGGAGUUGCGUGCCAAGAUUGAAUCCCUGGGAUUGGAGGUUACAAAAGUUCCGUCCAAAUCUGCUCGAAAUCUCAAUGAGAUGGAGAUAGCAAAUGAGUUGGAUAAAUUAUCAGCAAAGUUGGACAACGUAGAUGAGAUGAUAUCCUCAGCAAUGGCUGCAGACCCGCAGGUCCAGUCACUCUUAAGUAGUACAGCUGAAGUAUGGAUGCCAGUUAUUACUGCCAAUUCUGAUGAAAGGCGUAAUUUUACAGCAACGGUUGGAGAAGAUAACCAUGAAGCCAAGGGGAAAGAUUCUGAGUAG